AUGUUGGCCAAUAUAACUGGGGAUGACCUCUCUCAUUGCAAAAAUCUUAGUGUUUUAUAUUUAUAUGAUAACCGUAUUAGUCAAAUCACUAACCUGAAUUAUGCCACCAAUCUAACCCACCUGUACCUACAAAACAACUGUAUUUCAUGUAUAGAGAACCUCACAUCAUUAAAGAAACUGGAAAAACUGUAUCUGGGAAGCAAUUACAUUGCUGUCAUAGAAGGUUUGGAAGGAAUAGAACUCAGAGAGCUUCAUGUUGAGAGUCAGCGGCUUCCCCUUGGAGAAAAGCUUUUGUUUGAUCCAAGAACUCUUCAAUCUCUGGCAAAAUCUCUCUCUAUAUUGAAUAUCAGCAACAACAAUAUUGAUGACAUAAGAGACUUACAAAUCCUGGAGAAUCUUAAUCACCUCAUAGCCGUUGACAACCAACUUCUACAUGUGAAGGAUUUGGAGUUUUUACUGAACAAGUUGAUGAAGCUACGGAAAAUGGAUCUAAAUGGAAAUCCUGUUUGUCUCAAACCCAAAUACAGGGACAGGCUAAUACUGGUGUCCAAAUCACUAGAAUAUCUUGAUGGAAAAGAAAUUAAAAACAUGGAGAGACAAUUUCUGAUUAACUGGAAAGCAUCCAAAGAUGCCAAGAAAAUCAUCAAGAAAAAGAUCAGUAAAGAUGAAGAUGCAAAAAACCCUUACAUAGGCAACUUUGAAACAAUGCAUCACAUAGUUCCUGUUUAUUACCCACAUGUGGGUAAGCCAAAAUUAGUCUUUUUCUCUGACAUACAGAACUACCUUGCAAAUAGAAAUGCAUCUUCUGAAAGUUCUCUAGAAGAUAACUCUACAACUGCUGAAGAUAUGGGGAAUCUCUCUUUGAAGGAAUCUGAAAAGUUGCUAACAAAUAAUGAUAUACAUGAACCUCACCUUCUCCAAAACCCAAAAGUAAAUGAAAAUGUGUUUGUGGAAAAGGAGUAA